AUGGAUGAUGCUUUGCGUCGUAGCAUCUUUGGUUCAUCUGAUGAAUCAAAUGAACCAUCGCCGAAGCGUAGGCGCUCGAGGUCGCGAGACUCGGGCGCUAACAGUGGUGUCGGUUCUCCUAUGGACACCACUUCGCAACGAGGUGCCAGUACUUCUGCCGGCACAUCGCAGGAAGAGCGGGACCGCAAUGUGUUGCGUCUCGCUCCUGAGAAGAAGGCAUGGAUGCCUCCAAAAUCAGUCAUGGAUCACUUGUCGGUGACGACAAGUGAUCGUUAUCGAACACGGUUGUUCGAUUCGUCAAGGAUCCAUCACCUUGACCCCAGUGCGAAAAACUAUCGCGCUGAACAUGAAUUCUUCAUCGAUGCUUUCGUUAAACAUCGAUGGUACAGUGGGAAUCACAAGCGUGAUGGUCCCUCACUGACUCAAGCGUGGAACGCCUGCAUCUAUAACCUUGAGGAUGUAGGUCGUGACGCUUGGAACGACAAACUUAUCAAAGCUCGUGAUAAGUUUGAGAAAAUAACCCUGACAGUUGCACGCUACAAGCUGCAUCGUCUGUCAAGGGAGAAAGGAUUACCCUGCCUCUCUUGGGGAGACUCGUGCCCAUGUUGUGUGAACAACUCUGCACGAGCACCUAAGGAGGCUUACCUCCUUACUAGCCCUUGGUGGUGCGUACGUAUCUCUAUUGAGAUGUACGAAGGGAUUGACAAUCUGAAAUCCCUUUACGACCGUGCCGGGGAGACUUUCUCCGGCGGUCCUUCUGCGGCACAGGAUGUGCCGCGUCGUACUGCUCAACCAGACCCAGUACGUCGAUCAUCAGUUGGGAGCGGGGCUCCCAGGAAUCCCAGGACGGGGGAUAGCCGCGCCACCGGACGAGAUAACUCGUCCGACGUCCGUUCACGUCGCGGUGGUUCAACAGCUGCUCAACUAGAUAGCGCUGGCCACCGCUAG